AACUGCCCAGUGUGGAUAAGGGCAUUGGGGUGGAGCAGCGUUUGUGGGUCUUCCUGCCAUCGCACUCAGAUUGCAGGGUUUUCUUAAGGUUUUGCGAGCUUCCCCUGCACUGCUCUACCUUUGCCUCUGGAAGUCUCUGAAAGGGCCUUGUGGGUUGUGCUGCUACUCCCUUCGAAGUUUCUAAAAGCAUUCACUUUGAGGGUUAGACAUUUGCUGAUUGAAUUGGUGACCUUGAACGCGUUUGUCUGCUGAGAUUUUUGGAUAUUGUGCCGUGGUGAAGAUUGCUUGCCUUUCCCGGCUGGCGUUGGGAUAAUGUGUUGUUAACGAGCAAACGUGGCCAUGGCGGCCAUGUUGGGGUAUGGCUUGAGCAACUCGGGGCUCUCGCAGUCUCACCAGGCUCAUGUUUCUGUCUCCUGUUCUCAUUUUCCUUUUGAUUUCAGAGGCGUUGUGUACUUCACGCCUCACUCCAGGCGGGGCUUCAACCCUGUAUCGAUUCUGCACAAUUCUGCAGUACUCGAGUCUAAUUUCGUAUGUUUGUGUUUUUCCUCGUCGCACUUGAGACCCUCUUGGAUUUCAAUUUCACCGAUUCAAUUUAAGACGUCUUAUAUUUUGCAGCCGCUCAUUAGACCUAAAGCCUCUGACUUUACUCUUAGAUCGUCCAAUGUGGACAAUCCUGAUAUUGGAGUUUCCAUCAAGCCUAAGCAAUCCGAUUACAUGGAUCCUAGCACAUCUGAGUCAGCCUUGGCCCAAUUUGAAACUAUAAGUCCAGAAGAUGUCAAAGUGUGCUUACGAAGAAAAGGAAUGUUGAAGUACUACACUCUGUUAGCUGGGCAGCUCGCUAGCGAAGGUUACAUGACUCAAUUCACCGAGUUGCUCCAGAUGCUGGCUGAUGCGGGAAUCGAUAAAGAAUUAUUCACCUAUAAAUUAGACACCGCUCAACUGAAUAUCGGUUUCAGAUUGUUGCUCUCACGACAGCAACUCGACUUAUUUGUAAGCAUUUUAAGAAAUCUCACAAAAGCCGGAUAUACCGCACCGAAUUUUGUUCAGAAGAGCACGCUAGACUUAUUAGCUGAUGAGCUUCUGUCGCUCGUGAAAGCUGGGAGAACUGAAUUCUGCGUCGAGCUUGUGGAAUAUCUAACAGAGAGCGGGUUUUUUGUUAGAAAUUUAAUUGAUCCUGUUAGUGUGGUUUCAAGCUGCGCAAAGUUACGGAACAUUGAUUUGGCUAGGAGAUUUGUGGAACUCCUUAGUCGCAAUCCCUGGCAUUACAACCUUAUCAUACGCGAAUUUAGUCGUCAUGGUAACCUUCGGAGCUGUUUUAAAGUUCUGGAUUUCAUGAAAGAAUUGGGAGUUAUGCCUGACGUGUUUACAUACCGUGUUUUAAUUGACUCAUGUGGGCGCCACAAAGAGCCAUCUAAAGCGACCAUUGUUUUCGAGAAGAUGCUGAAUGACGGGUUUGAACCGAAUAGGUUUGUUUAUAACAGUAUCAUGAAUGUCAAUGUUGGUAACUUGAGCGAGGUGCGGCGUUAUUUCCAGCAUAUGCAGGGUGCAGGAAUUGCAGCUGAUGUAACUUCCUACAAUAUUCUGCUCAAGGCAUAUGCAGCCAGUGGCCGUGCAGACUUGGCAGGUGAUCUCUAUGCUCAAAUAAAGAAGGCAGGCAAAGUGACUCUCGAUGUUGUAUUUUACAGCACCCUUAUCAAUGUCUUCGGAAAAGCAAAGAUGUGGGAAGAAGCAUUGAGAGUUAAAGCCGAUAUGUUGGAAGCCGGGGUAACUCCAAAUGUUGUGACAUGGACUUCAAUCAUCGGUGCUUGUGCUACUGCAGGCCUUGUGGAUCAAUCCUUCCGGGAAUUCGAUGAAAUGCUGAAUGCUGGUUGUCGUCCAAACGUGAAUUGCUACAACAUGCUUCUUCAAGCUUGUAUCAUGGCAAGCCAAUUUGAUCGAGCGUUUCUGCUUUUUGAAGAGUGGAAGACAACGGGGAGAAUGCGCUCUUAUUCUGAAAUCUUCAAUUACUCUGCUCCACUCGCUAAAACACAUGAACUUAUAACUGUUAUACCUGGAUCCUUGCUCCAAAGUAAUUUAGGGGAGAAAAUUGAUGAAGAUGUAAGGUUAGCUUGUUGUAGGCCUAACAUCAUUACAUAUAACUGUAUGAUGAAGGCAUGUGGUUCUGCCUCGGAGAAAGUGAGGUCCUUGAUGAGGGAAAUGAGGGCUUUAGGCCUAGUUCCAGACGUGAAAAGCUGGUCCAUUCUUCUUGAUUCUUAUGGGAGCAAAGGUGAUGUAGAGGGAGCUUCGGAGGCACUCGAAGAAAUGAAGGCGGCUGGUUUUAAACCAGAUGUCGUUGCUUACACAUCCCUGAUCCAGGCGUGUGUCCAAGCAGGACACCUUGAAAAGGCUUUUGACUAUUUUAGCAAAAUGAAAGCUGCGGGUGUGCGACCAAACGCAGUCACAUACAACAGCUUGCUGCGAAGACAUCGAAACUAUGGGACACUCCCUGAAGUGCAACGCGCACUAGCUUUGUACGAAGAAAUGCGCGAGGCAGGCCACGUGCCGAAUGACUUUAUACUUCAGGAGCUAAUCAAGGAGUGGGUUGAAGGCCUGUCCAAUCCGUCGAGUUUUGUAGCUUCUGGUGAUGCCGGCUUGAUGAAAUUCUCAGAAGCAGUGCUUCAGAAAGUGGCUGUUGAUGCGAGGAGAGAAGCCGAGGACAACAGGCACAUGACCAUAGACUUGCAUGGCUUAACCAAAGGUGAGGCUCGGGCAGCUGUGUUAGUUGUGCUUCGAGCUAUCAAGGAGCGCUACCUGCAUGGCAUUCCUGUAGAGGAUGAUUUGAUAAUCAUCACAGGGAUCGGCAACCACAGCGAGACGAAGGGCAAGUCAGUUCUGCGGGAUGUUGUCCUUGGCAUUUUGCAGAAAGAACUUGGCCUCACUGUUGUCUCAGUUCUGUCAGACGCUCCGGAUCGUCAAGUUUCUGGUUUGCAGGUUGCAAGAAGUAGUGGAGAUACCAGUAGUGCAGAGGACGAGGAGCUGCGAAAACCCCUGAGUGGAACACUUGAGCCUAGGAAGCCAUCCAGAAUAAUCAACUCAGGUAGACUGAAAGUAACUAAAGAGUCCCUCAAUACCUGGUUGGAAAAGAAAUCUCGAAAGAGUAUUAAUUAACGAUUGGUUUAGUUUUGCAUUUGCUGCAUGUGAUUAGGAAUUGGAGUACCGAACGUGGUGUACAUUUUGCUGCGGUCUGAAUGAUCAGGAUCGAUAAGUGUCGGUGCAUAGCUUUAGUUUGUAGAAGGAACUUGAUUCAAGGGGCGUAUUACCCGUAUGGACUUGAAAUCAACCCCAGUGAUGGUGGAUUUCAAUCCUGUGUAUGAGAGUUUGACAUUGAGGUACCGUAACUAAGUGCGAAUUAUCUAGCAGCUCAUCAGCAGUUAGUCAUCUCUUGAAGGAACUCUGAACAUAGGAAAGAUGGUACAUGUGAGAAAGUGAAGGAAUGUGAAAACUUUUGCAGCAAAGAAAUAAAUCUAAGAACAUUUGCAACAGUGAUCA